AUGUGUGACGUAGUCCUUGGCGCCCAGUGGGGUGACGAAGGCAAAGGAAAACUCGUGGAUCUUCUUUGUGACGACAUUGAAGUAUGUGCUCGUUGUGCCGGUGGAAACAACGCUGGUCACACUAUUGUGGUUGGAAAAACCAAAUAUGAUUUCCAUAUGCUUCCCUCGGGUCUCGUGAACCCCAAAUGCCAAAACAUCUUGGGUUCGGGUGUGGUUGUACACAUUCCCUCGUUUUUUGAAGAAUUGGAAAAUCUCGAAAAGAAGGGCUUGGACUGUAGAAACCGUCUUUUUGUUUCCUCCAGAGCCCACUUGGUGUUUGAUUUCCACCAACGGACCGAUAAGUUGAAGGAGGCCGAGUUGUCCGAGAACAAAAAGUCAAUUGGUACUACCGGAAAGGGUAUUGGACCCACCUAUUCCACCAAGGCUUCGAGGUCGGGUAUUCGGGUUCACCAUCUUGUUUCCGACGACCCGGAUGCUUGGGACGAGUUCAAGACCAGAUACUACCGUCUUGUGGACUCGAGGUACAAGAGAUAUGGCGAGUUUGAGUACGACGCUGAAGCCGAACUUGAACGCUAUAAAAAGUACCGUGAGGUCCUCAAGCCAUUUGUCGUUGAUUCCGUCAAUUUCAUGCACAAGGCAAUCAAAGACAAGAAGAGGAUCUUGGUGGAAGGUGCCAAUGCGUUGAUGUUGGACAUUGACUUUGGUACUUACCCCUAUGUUACAUCGUCGUCUACUGGUAUUGGAGGUGUCUUGACUGGUCUUGGCCUUCCUCCCACCGCAAUUAGAAAUGUUUACGGUGUAGUAAAGGCCUACACGACCAGAGUCGGUGAAGGACCUUUCCCCACCGAACAAUUGAACGAGGUUGGUGAGAAACUCCAGGACAUUGGUGCCGAAUUCGGAGUCACCACUGGUAGAAAGAGAAGAUGCGGAUGGUUGGAUUUGGUGGUUAUGAAGUACUCCACCGCUAUCAAUGGCUACACUUCGUUGAACAUUACGAAAUUGGACGUUUUGGACACUUUCAAGGAAAUUAAAGUGGGUGUAUCGUACACUUACAAGGGCAAGAAAUUGGAAAGUUUCCCCGAAGACUUGAACGUUUUGAAAAACGUCGAGGUUGACUAUGUCACUCUUCCUGGAUGGGAACAGGAUAUCACUGGAAUCAAGAAGUACUCUGAUCUUCCUGAAAAUGCCCAGAAGUAUUUGAAGUUUAUUGAAGAUUUCCUCGAGGUGCCAAUCGAGUGGGUAGGAACUGGACCUGCCAGAGAGAGUAUGUUGACCAAGUAG